UCUGCCCCGUGGGACCCCUGUGGCGGCCGGGGGCCCCUCCCGGUUGGGCGCCCCACGGCCGUGUCCCGCCGUGGUGGCCCGGUGAGGGCUCCUGGGGCCCUGCCGCAGUGUGGGGGGGUCCUGCCCUGUCCCCCCACCCUGCAGGUCUCCAGGGGCCCCGCUGAGUCUCUGCCUCCCCCCAGCUUCAGCGGCCACCGGCGGUGGCUCCUCUUCCACCGCCCAGUGCCGUCCCUCAUCCAGGAGGGGCCCCAGUGCGGGCUGGUGGCCCUGUGGAUGGCCGGGGCGCUGCUGGAGCCGCCGAGCAGCGUCUCCCUGGAGCAGGUGGUGCGGGCGGCGCGGGACCGGGCCUUCACCGCCCAGGGCGAGAUGUUCUCAGCGGCGCACGUGGCCGCGCUGGCCCAGGAGCUGUUCCCCUGCCGCGCGGAGCUGCUUUCAGGCGGCCUGGAAGGGGACAGCCGGCCCCGGAUCCUGCGGCACCUGGCCGCCGGCCGGCCCCUGCUCGUGCCCUACGACGAGGACAGCAACCACGAGCCCUGCUGCCGCCGGGGCCACAAGGCGCACUGGGCCGUGGUCUCAGGAGCGCUGCUGGGCCUGAAGAGCCCGGCGCCGAGCCCCGGCUGCCGCGAGGACUCCGAGAUCCCCGGGCUCUUCCACCCCGGGCCGGGGCCCCCCCGGCUGCCACCGGACGAGGACCUGGGCGAGAUCUUCCUGCUGGCCAAGCAGGGCAAGAGCCGCCGCGUGCAGCUCUGGGGCUACGGGCGGCUGCACGAGAGCAACGCGCAGCUGACGGACUUCAGCCCGCGCCGGGCGGGCGACGGCAAGGUCUACGUGGUGCCGGCGGGCGGCGUGCGCGCUGGGCUCUGCGGCAAGGCUGUGCUGCUGCACCCCUUGGCCCCCGGCGUGUAGCUCCCCGCGGCGCGGGCAGCGGCCGGCCCCGGAGAGCGAGGACGCCCCGCGGCUGCAGCGCGUCCCGGAGGAAGGCGGGGAGCCGAGCCCGUCCCUGCCGCCGCGUCCUGGCAAAGCCUCGCGGUGCCGCUCGCCUGCGGGAAGUGCCGUGGACGGGCGCGGAGAAGGGCCGAGCCCGCGCCGCGCUCGCGGGUGCCGCCGCGCCCCGGCCGCGCGCGCCCCAUUAAAGGCGGACGUCUGGGA